AGCAUGAUAUGCUGAUGAUGAUUUGUUUUCUGUUGGUCGUGACAGUGAAAUUGCACCUUCUGUUUUAUUAAUUUAGUCUGAGUUCAUAGAUAUGUCUUGUUCCAAGCUUGGGUUUGCGUCAGCUUUGUCAUUUCAACGUUUUUAUAUGUUCUACUGGCUUCUCAAAUAUGAUCAGUUAGACAAGCAUGACUGGUGCUGGUCUUCUUCAUCCAUGAUAUGAGCCCAUUUUUGUUGCUACAGCUUGGUCCACUGUUUCCAUAACUUGUUGUUCUAAAACAUGUUCAAUACAUGAGGACAGUGGACACAAGUCUGGACUUUGCGGACUAUUUAGUAUAUCAAUGCUUUGACCAUAUUCUGGAUACAGGUAUUACAUCUUCCUCAUGUGUUGCUGGCCCCAACACAACGGUCUGUACGAAGUAGUUAUUGGUUGAUGCAGCAUGUUCUCCACUUUUACAUAUUAAUAGAAUUUCUUCCAGUCAUUCACAUUAACAUAAAACCAGAUACAUGGUGAAAAAUGAAAUUAGAUCCCGAUUAAAGUUCACAUGAAGAAUUGAAACAUUGGAAUAUGGAGCAGCGUGUCAGCUAUUGCAUUCUGUAGCUAAUCCAUGUUUCCAAAACUCCCAAGUAACAAUAUGCUUCCACAAGGUAAAUGUUUGAGUUGAAAGCAACUUUCCUCUCAAAUUUCUGAAUCAAUGAAAGAUACCCCAGGCAUACAGGAAAACAUUUCCUUCUUCUGUAUUUUUUUAUCAGUAUACUACACUGCUGGCUCAAAAUGACAAGAAUUAUGGCCUGCAAGAUGACAUUAAGUGAAUGGUGUAAGAGUAAGAUUUGGAAUAGUUCAGACUUUCAGAGUCCAGAUUAGAAACAUGCUUGGAUCUAGGACGGUGACUAUUGCAGCUGCAUUAAAGUAGCAAGUACCACCAUGUUGCUUGAAUUUCUCCAGUAGUUGUUGAUGGAAUAUGAUGCAUGGUCUCUGACAGUAUUGCGAAGAUAGCAAGAUUUGUUCGGCUUAAUCAGCAUGUCUCCACCAUUGGGACCACAUGCCUAGUUAAGAACUUGCUGUAAGAUAUCGUUUACUGCUUGCUCAUCAGCUAUGCACCAUUGCUUCUUCCAAUUUCAGUCAUCUGGUUGCAUGGAAAGGUAUUUUUCUUAGAGGCAUAGAUUCAUGUUUCAGUUAUUCUAUCCUUCUCUUUCUAUAUUCAUAUGCGCUUUGCAUCUACUUAAGAAAAAUAUUGGUAAUUUAUUUGCGAUGCGUCAACAUGGUGUUAGUGUUUCUACUUGUGCAUUGGAUCUCAAUGCAUGGCAGAGUAAUUUCACUGUUUUUUUUUAAACAUAAUUUCACUGUUUUUUACUGGCAUGGUUAGAAUUCUGCAUGCCUUCUUAAAUGGUUAUGGUACAUCAGUUUAUGUUGUUCCCUAUUUGCAGACGUUUUCUCUUUCCUCAUCUGAUACCAAUUUCGAGAAACAUGUUUCAUGCUUAUGGAUUUUGUUUUAGCAUCCAUCAGCAUCUUUUUAUGUCAAUUUCAAAAUUUGGAAAAAAAACUAGGUAAUCAUAGAGUACAUGGGAAGAAAAGCACAUGAGCCUUCUGGAUACAGGAGAGCAGCUAUCCUCUUUUGUUGUGCCGAUGCUGCAAGGAAGUGGAGGAUCAAAUAAAGGAACAGUGUCAUCCUUGUUGCAGCCUGCUUCUUUAGAUCCCAUCUCUUCACACCACCUGCGUUUGGUGGUAAGGAAAUAUGCAUUCUACUUUCUUUCAACUACUAGGUGCCAGCACUCAAGCUCUUAUAUGAUAUUUUAUUUGGAACUGAUUAACUCUACAAGGUGAUAGUUCAAGCUGUGUGAUGUUUAUGUAAUAGCCGAGGUUAAAGGCAGCCCCUUCUCUUGCCUAAAAGUUAAAGGCCACAUGUCUGUUACUUGAUGCACAAAUAUGAGAAUCUCUCUUCACUUUGAAUGAACAAUGCAACGCAAAACUACACUAAAAAAGGUAACUACAUUAUAUCUUGACUUGCACUAAUGAUGUAAAUUCAAUUGAAGUUAAGUUCAUUUUUAGUUUCUGGAAUGAUGCUAAUAAUAAAAGGUUAAAUAGCUCAAUCUUUUGUCUGAAUAAUGCAUGUGCUGAUGCUGCACAUAGGCAAUAUGGGAUAUACAUACACAUAUAGACACAUAGCGUGCGUAAGAUCAUAGCAUUUACAGGAAGCCAACAGAAAAUUUUGAGAUCCUGGUAUAUUAUUAUAUGAAAUAAAUUAAAUAAUUCAGGGUCUGCUUUGGAGCUGAUGUUAUUCGUUUCUCAUGAUUUUUGUAUUCUGAAUCUCUUAUAGUAGUUGAACCUAAUUUAUCUAGUUUACUGGUUGUCUUUCCUGGUCAGCAAAGUUAAAGGUUGUUCCUUUCUUUACGAUGCCUCCGUUGCCCUUGACAAGGCAGGAAUCUGAUUUCUUUCCUUGUGUUGUCUUUCCACACCACCUUCAGUAUUGGAAUAUGUGACAUCUGACUUCAUAAAGCAUAUUGUUCCUUAGCAGUAUACAUCUGAAUUCUUCUUGCAUGAUACAAGCAGCCUUUGUCUUUCCUUCUCUCUUUCAUCUACCCUCCACCAUCCCCUCCUAAGCAUGGGUGAUAGGAUGAUCAUGAUAACGUCACCAUCAAAGAGGGAUGAUGCCAGAGAUAUUGGAGACAUUGAUUUUCAGUCCUACAAGGACGUGGAGAACAUCGUGUUCUACCAGGUUCCAGCAAAUUUGGAUUCAGUCUUGUCCAUGGAAAGUGAGAGAUCACUAGGAGUUCAUGUCUGCAUGGACAACGGUGGUGUCAACUUCCUGCACAGGUUUCUUCGUCACCUUGUGGAGUACAAAGAGAACUACAUGAAUUUGAGAAACAUCCUAUUCCAUGGUAUUGAAUGGCAGAUUCAGGGGUUGCAACUUCUCUGUUCACUUUUAGGCUCUGGCUCAAGUGUAAAGCAGGUGGAAUUCCAGAAGAAUGUUUUCAGCACAAAAUCAGCACAUGCUUUUGUUCUACUCUCGGAAAUGCUUCACCAGAACAACACCAUCAAAGCAGUUGUUUUCUCUGAAUGUAGAAUUGGAUCAACUGGAGCCACGUUGCUUGCUUCAGCUUUGGCAAACAACAGAAGUGUGGAGGAGUUCCAAGUAUGGGAGGACUCCAUAGGCUCCAAGGGGGCAGAAGAAUUCUCCAAAAUGAUCGAGGUGAACUUUAUCCUGAAGAAGUUGAUCAUCCUUGACAACAGCUCCAUUACAGUAGCUCCACUUAUCUCUGCUGUGCUCGCACGCAACCGUAGAGUGGAGGUUCACAUAUGGGGACACAGUCGUGGCACAAAAGGUGGCAUGAACAGCUGUAAAAUUGUUGAAUUUCUGCCUGAGACUGGUAGCAUGAGGAUCUACAGCAACAUUAACUCGACAGGGCUGCAACGGGUUGCUUGUGCUCUGGCAUGGAAUACCACAGUGAAAACAUUGGACAUGUCAAGUGUCCCACUAAAGUCGAAAUGGACCAAAGAGCUUAGAGGAGUUCUUGAACGGAACAGGAGCCUGAAAACUGUGAAGCUUAGCAAGUGUUCCCUUGGGGACAAAGCAGUGGUGUAUAUAGCUGCAGGGCUCUUUAAGAACAGCUAUUUAGAGAACUUGACUUUGGAUGGAAAUAGAUUUGGUGGAGUAGGGCUGGAGCAUUUGCUAUGCCCUCUUAGUACCUUUUCUCCACUUCAGAGACAAGCCAAUACCACAUUGAAGGUUUUGAGUUUUGGAGGAGAGCGAGCAAAUAUAGGCAAGUAUGGCGUAUCUGCCAUCUUGCAGAUGUUGGAGACAAACCAGAGCCUAAUUCAACUGGCAAUAUGCAAUGAUGCAAGUUUGAAGCCAAAUGAUGUUGUCAAAAUCUUCACUAGUUUAGAGAGGAAUGCCACUCUUCGUAGCUUGUCUUUGAGAGGCUGCAAGGGAGUUGAUGGGGAGGCAAUCCUGCAGACCAUUAUGGGCACUUUAGAAGUCAACCCUUGGAUUGAAGAAAUUGACCUUCAUGGAACACCUUUGCAUGUUGCUGGGAAAACGGACCAAAUUUAUGAGAAGCUCUGUCAAAAUGGGAGUCUUGUUCUGCCAAAUGAUUUUCUUGAUUUGCCACUUAGUGCUCCUACUUGCUGCCGUGUUUUUCUAUGUGGUCAGGAAUCAGCAGGUAAAAGCAUGCUACAUAACUCCAUAAAUCAGUGCAUGAACCCAUUGAAGUCGUCUCGCAUAGAUGUAACAAGUACUUUGAUGAAUCCAGUUGUGCAAAUGGAGUACACCAACGAGAAUAAAACUAGUGCUUUCUUUGAUGGCAACACAAAAUUGACAAUGUGUAAUCUUGGUGGACAAGAGGAGAGUUUUCCCUUACAUGAUUUUAUGUUUCUUGUGCAUGGCGGUCCAUGCUUUUUCAUGAUUGUAUCUAGCUUGGUUCUGAAGCCUGCUAAUAGGUAUCCCAAAAGCAUAGAUCAGAUUGAACUGGAACUGAUAUAUUGGCUUAAGUUUUUGGUUUCAAAUGCUAAGAGAGUCUCACAAUUAUUUCUUCCCAGUGUAACUAUAGUUCUCACCCAUUAUGACAAGGUAGCUCAUCUACCAGAAGGGCUACAACCAAUUGCUGCACUUGUACAAAGGCUCAGAGAAGAAUUCCAUUCGUAUGCAGAAAUUUACCCCACUGUUUUUGCCGUGGAUGCAAGAUCAUUGGUUUCAGUAAGUAGACUCACCCAUCACUUGCGGAUGACAAUUAAGACAAUCCUCCAGCAAGUACCUCAAGUUUAUGAAGUAUGCAAUGAUUUGGUUAGAGUUUUGCAUGACUGGAGGUUGAAGAAUAAUAAAGCUGUAAUCAAAUGGUCUGAGUUCCGUGAGAUAUGUCAGCUCAACAUUCCAGCGCUAAGAUUGCGAUCAAGGCGUGAUAAUGUGGAGAAAGUGGACACACGAAGACGUACUGUUGCAAAAUCACUGCAUAACUUGGGUGAAAUAAUAUUUUUUGAGGACCUUGGAGUACUGAUCUUGGAUUGCGACUGGUUCUGUCGAGAUGUCCUUAACCAACUAGCUACACUGAAAUCACUCAAGACAGAAAGGAGUGGUUUUGUCCGCAAACAAGAGCUGGAGAAGAUUCUACAAGAGAAACUGUGCAACCAAAUUCAAGGGUUAAACUGGAGAGCCGGUGCAUCUUUCCAGGGCAAUGAUGUCAUAAAUUUGCUGUUGAAGCUCGAAUUGUGUUAUGAACAGGAUCCUGGAAACCCAGACACAUUACUUUUAGUGCCAUCUAUUCUUGAGGAAAGCAAAGAAGGGACUCAAAAGUGGCACUUAACCAUGCCAGACUGCAGAUAUGUUGGAAGGCGUCUUAAAUGCAAAGAUAUACACAUGUUUUUGACAAGCGAUUUCUUUCCAAGGCUUCAGGUUCGUUUGCACAACAAAAUCAUGUGCAUGGGACAGCAACAGGGUGCAGUCUACAUCUUGGAGAAGAAUCUUAUUUAUACAGUGGUCAAUGGUUUCCAUGUUAGAGUGGAGCUGGGAAGGACAUUAGACUCAUCCAUCGAUGUGCUUGCAUGCUCCAGCAAAAGUGUUACUGACAUGGUGAGGAUAUUCCACAAGUUAAUAAUCCCGACCAUACUAAACAUGUCUUCAAGUUUGGUGUUCGAGGAAAGCAUUAUCAGGCCAGACUGUGUAAAAUAUCUCAUACCACAUAGGUUUCUCCAAACGCAGCUGCUGCCUCUGAAGAGAAUAAAGCAAAUUCUUUUGUCAUUGCCUGCAGAAAGCAUGUAUGAUUAUGAGCAUACAUGGAGUGCAAUUGAAAGCAAUAAAAGGAUCAUCUUACAAUCAGGAUCAGAUCAUGCCAGAGAAUUGUUAUCAGAUGAUGACUUCCAUGAAGUCCUUCACCGUAGGUACUAUGAUCUACAGCACCUCGCAACUGAACUUUCUGUCACCCCAGACAAUCAGCAGCAAUCUGAAAUCAUCCCUGAAACAGAUGUGGUUGAUCCUUCCAUAUUAGGCAUUGCAAAAGGUGUUGAGAUGGUUCUCCAAAGAUUGAAGAGAGUGGAACAAGGAAUAAGGGACCUCAAGGAGGAAAUCGCAAGCUUGAGGUAUUACGAGUAUCACCUUGUGACUGAACUCCACAGGAAAAUGGACUACAUGAUGAAUUACAGCAUCCAGUUGGAGGAAAGGAAAGUGCCACAGAUGUUCUAUCUUGUUAGCCUAGACAACCGGUCCAAACAGCUGGUCACAAGAAUACUGCCUGGGAUGCGGUCCUUACGAGUGCACAUGCUGUGCGAGUUCCGUAGAGAGAUGCAUGUAGUAGAAGAUCAGCUCGGCUGUGACCUGAUUCAAGUGGACAACCAGACAGUGAAAUCCUUGCUACCUUACAUGAGCAAGUUCAUGAAGCUGCUGACUUUUGCUCUGAAGAUCGGCGCGCAUUUCAUUGUUGGAAUGGGAGAGAUGAUACCUGACCUGAGCAGGGAGGUGGUGCACCUGCUGGACUCCUCGGCCAUGUACGGCGCGGCUGCAUCUGCCACGUCCGUGGGGGCUCUGGGUGCAGCAGCACUGUACGGAAGGUCAAGAAAUGGUGGCAACCAAGGUGGCACAAGCGACAUGGGAGAGGAUAUGAAAACAGCCAGGCAAUGGCUUGUGGAUUUCUUGAAAGGGCAAGGUGUUUUGACGGGGAUGGACCUAGCACAGAGAUUUGGCCUGUGGCGUGUUCGAUACAGAGAUGACGGCCACAUUGCAUGGAUCUGCAGGAAGCACAUCGCAGCAAGGGAAGAGGAAAUCUUCGAGCUGCCACUCUGAGCAUUCAGAGGCCUGGCGGUCCAGAGUUCAAAGAAGCCAUGCAAGGACCUUCUGCUUCCAGGUGAUAAGUGUACAAUCUGUGAGGAUGAGGAUGAAUGAUGGUACUCCAGAACCAGGUGCUCGUACAGCAACUUUAAUUAGCCAACUUUCACCAAAUGAGAUCACUCGAUCAUACUCCGGCUUUUAUCACUCCGUAUAUUACUUCGUGUCUUGUGGAUUCAUGAAACUAUGACAUGAAGUAAAAACUGUAUCAUCAUAUACCGAUUGAUCAUACCACAUAAUAUGUUUGCCCAUUC